AUGACCCAGUAAGCAAUUUGAAGAAAAGAAAAAAAAUUGAAACUUUCCCUUUUCAUCAUAAAGGAGAUGGCUAAGCAACUUUCAUAAAAUAUCUAAAAAGGUUUGACCUUUAAAUCCCACAACUUGGUUUCCUUCAUCCAACCCUAGGUCUCUUUAUAUCCCUUCAAUCUCAUAUUUCUUUAGCUCCAAACAUUUGUAUCCAAAACAAAAAUUUUGUUCUCUUUGUUGGGCUCCUUUUCAAAUCCUCAAAAUGGGGUUGAAGAAGCUGAAAUUUUUCAGUUUUUGGUCAGUUUCAAUAUGGGUCUUUUUUGUAGUUUUGAGUUUCCUGAUGAACUUUGUACAAUGUCAAGGUGUUAAUGAUUAUGAUCAAGUGGACAAUCCUGCUGUUCUUCCCUUUGUUACAUCUCUUGUUAAUAGCAGGCUUUCUAAUCUCACCAAUGUCCUUAGCAAGGACAUUAGUGACCAAGCCAGUUUCUGCAUUAAGGACCAGGAAGCUGAGUGGAACAAAGCAUUUAAUUUCUCAUCAAAUCUGGAUUUCUUGGCUUCAUGUAUUCAGCAAACUCAAGGGAGUAUUAUGCAGCGUGUGUGCACGGCAGCGGAGGCAAAAUUCUACUUUGAUACGUUUUUCAAAGGUUCAAAUGCCAAUGCUUUGAGGCCUAACAAGAACUGUAAUUUAACCUCGUGGGUGUCCGGUUGUGAGCCGGGAUGGGCUUGUCGUGUUGGUCCAAACGAGCAGGUUGAUAUUGAGAAUUCUAAGGUCAUUCCUUCUAGGAUUACUGAUUGUCAACCAUGUUGUGCAGGGUUUUUCUGCCCUCGUGGUCUUACUUGCAUGAUCCCUUGUCCUCUGGGUUCCCAUUGUCCGAGUGCAACACUGAAUACCCAAACUGGCCUAUGUGAGCCAUAUAACUACCUGCUGCCUCCGGGAAAGCCGAACCAUACCUGUGGAGGAGCCAACAUAUGGGCCGAUAUUCGUACCAGUAGCGAAGUGUUCUGUUCAGCCGGGUCAUAUUGUCCAACGACGGUACAGGAAAAGCCUUGCAGUAGUGGACAUUACUGCAGGACGGGUUCAACAUCUGAGAAGCGCUGCUUCAAGUUGACUUCUUGCAAUUCAAACACAUCAAGUCAAGAUCUGCAUGCCUAUGGAGCUAUGCUUAUAGCUGCUACUGUUACUCUGCUCUUGAUCAUCUACAACUGUUCCGACCAAGUUCUCACUACAAGGGAAAGACGACUGGCUAAAACCCGAGAAACAGCAGCAAGAAGUGCAAGGGAGACGGCAAAAGCACGGCAGAGGUGGAAAGCUGCUAAGAAUGCUGCUAAGAAACAUGCAAGUGGACUGCAAACUCAUAUUUCACAGAGAUUUUCUUUUAAAAAAACCGCAAAACAUCCCAACGAGGAACUUAAAAUAUUGGAUGAAACAAAGUUUGAAACGGAUGCACACUUGUAUUCUCCAGUACAUAUGAGCACUUCAAGUGAGUCUCUAUCAUCAUCUGCACCAUCCAAUGGACAACCAAUAGAACCUCGCAAUCCAAUGCCAAUGAUGCAUGAAACUGAAGAUGAGCCCGAGAAUUAUGACGGAUUUGAUGUCGGUAGACAUGAUAGAAAAUCGAAAGGUCAAACUACGAAGGGAAAAAAGCCUCAUACACAUAGCCAGAUUUUUAAGUAUGCAUAUGCUCAAAUCGAGAAAGAGAAAGCACAACAACAAGACAAUAAGAAUCUUACAUUCUCGGGAGUGGUUUCUAUGGCUACUGAUCCCGAAAUGAGGAAAAGGCCUCUGAUCAAGGUCUCUUUCAAAGACCUUACACUCACAUUGAAAGGAAAAGAAAAGCAUCUUUUGAGGUGCGUUACUGGAAAAAUCAAGCCUGGUCGCAUCACUGCUGUCAUGGGUCCUUCUGGUGCCGGCAAAACGACAUUUAUUUCUGCUCUGGCUGGGAAGGCAAUGGGUUGCAAGAUGACCGGUUUGAUUCUUAUUAAUGGAAAGAAUGAAUCAAUCCGCUCAUAUAGGAAAAUAAUAGGUUAUGUGCCACAAGAUGACAUCGUGCAUGGGAACUUGACAGUGGAAGAGAAUCUAUGGUUUAAUGCAAAAUGCAGAUUGCCUGCUCAUUUACCAAAACCGGAUAAAGUUCUUGUCGUCGAAAGAGUUAUAGAGUCUUUGGGGCUUCAGAUGGUGCGUGAUUCCUUGGUGGGAACAGUAGAAAAGCGAGGCAUCUCAGGAGGCCAGAGGAAGCGAGUAAAUGUCGGAUUGGAAAUGGUGAUGGAACCUUCACUUUUGAUCUUGGAUGAACCGACAUCUGGUUUGGACAGUGCAUCCUCUCUGCAGCUUCUUCGAGCACUUCGACAUGAGGCUCUUGAAGGAGUAAACAUCUGCAUGGUGCUUCAUCAACCAAGCUACUCCUUGUUCCAAAUGUUUGAUGAUCUAGUCCUUUUGGCGAAAGGGGGAUUCACAGUCUACCAUGGUUCAGCAAAGAAAGCAGAACAGUACUUUGCAGGCCUUGGGAUCCAUGUCCCAGAUCGUGUUAACCCUCCGGAUCACUUCAUUGACAUUUUAGAGGGUAUCGUAAAACCAACUCAAAGCUCGGGUGUGAACUAUAAAGAGCUUCCGGUUAGGUGGAUGCUUCACAAUGGCUACCCGGUGCCCCCUGAUCUGCAGCAAGCUGCUGCUCGGAUAGCUACCCCCUCAGCGAGUCCAGCUCCUACUAAUGGGACAAGUCCUCAUGCUGGAACAGAAGAAACAUCUUUUGCUGGAGAGUUAUGGCAAGAUGUCAGGAGUAAAGUUGAGAUACAUCGGGAUAGCAUACGUCACAAUUUCUUAAAGUUUAAGGACUUGUCGAGGCGGAGGACUCCAGGUGUACUCUGGCAAUACAGAUACUUUCUUGGGAGGCUUAGUAAGCAGCGAAUGAGGGAAGCUAAAGUACAAGCAACCGAUUAUCUGAUCUUACUACUUGCCGGAGCAUGCUUAGGAACAAUAGCUAAAACGGGCGAAGAAAACUUUGGGGCCGUCGGUUAUACUUAUACCAUAAUUGCAGUCUCCCUUCUAUGCAAAAUAGCCGCUUUGAGAUCGUUUUCGCUCAAUAAAUUACAAUACUGGAGAGAGAGUGCAUCUGGCAUGAGCAGCUUGGCUUACUUUUUGGCCAAAGAUACAGUUGAUCAUUUCAAUACUGUGAUCAAGCCCGUGGUGUAUCUCUCUAUGUUCUUUUUCUUCACAAAUCCGAGAUCUUCGUUCGCGGAAAAUUAUACUGUCUUGCUGUGCUUAGUUUACUGUGUGACCGGUAUAGGCUAUGCAUUUGCCAUCUUCUUUCAACCCGGUCCUGCCCAACUGUGGUCUGUUCUUGUUCCUGUUGUUCUGACUCUCGUGGCAACUCGGACUCAAGAUAAUGAAAUCUUGAAAAGGAUAUCUAAUCUGUGCUAUCCCAAGUGGGCUUUGGAAGCUUUUGUGAUAUCAAACGCUGAAAGGUACUAUGGAGUGUGGUUAAUUACUCGAUGCGGAGCUCUUCUGAAAAGUGAUUAUAGUCUAGAUGAAUGGAAUCUUUGUAUAGUUAUUCUCAUUCUCACCGGUGUAAUCAGUCGUUCAAUUGCAUAUCUUGGUAUGAUCACAUUCCAGAAGUGAAAAUCCAAACAUUUGGCCGCAUUCUAUUUCCAUCCGAAGAAGUUCGGUCCUAAAGGCUAGCAGAACCAUUGAACCUACAACAACCCAAAAAUCGUGGGAGCGAUGAUCGCAACCUGUCGACAAAUGGCUCCAUAUAUUUUCUUGUACAUCUCGGAAUCGAUCGAUUAAACUUAGUUACACUUAGGUUAUAGACCCAUUUCAUUUGUACAUUAGGGAGUGUGGUUUCUUUGGUUAGUUUCAUUUGAGAAUCCAUUUCCA